GACCUGAUGAUUCAAAACGGGAUAAGCUACGUCCUCAACGCCAGCAACUCCUGUCCCAAGCCAGAUUUCAUUUGCGAGAGUCACUUCAUGCGCAUUCCUGUCAAUGACAAUUACUGUGAGAAGCUCCUACCAUGGCUGGACAAGUCCAUUGAGUUCAUAGAUAAGGCCAAGGUGUCCAGCUGUCAGGUGAUAGUGCACUGCCUAGCAGGGAUCUCCCGAUCAGCCACCAUUGCCAUCGCCUACAUCAUGAAGACCAUGGGCAUGUCUUCAGAUGAUGCCUACAGGGUUGUCAAAGACCGGCGUCCUUCCAUAUCACCCAACUUCAACUUCCUGGGCCAGCUCCUCGAGUACGAGAGAAGCCUGAAGCUGCUCAAGGCUCUGAAGGCCCAAGGGGAGAAAAACGAGGGGGAAUUCCAGCAAGACCAAGCCGAAGCUCAGGAAGGCAGCAAGCACCUGUCUACCUCGGAAAAGGCUGAGGAGGCGUUAAGAAGCACAAGUGUGGAGAUCUCCUCGGUUGACUCUGAGAGGCCCUCAGGAGUUCACAAGGUUGUCUCGCCAACGGUGCUACAGCAAGGACUCAACGGGCUGCACUUGUCUUCUGAGCGCAUCCAGGACACCAACCGGCUGAAGCGUUCCUUCUCCCUGGAUAUCAAGUCGGCCUACUCUCCUAGCCAAAGGCAAGAUGCCCAGGAACCCACGGAGGCGGGAGAAACCCCCAAACUUUGUAAGCUUGACAGCCCAUCAGGCCCUAACGGUACAUGCCAGUUCUCUCCUGUUCCAGACAGUCCAGACUGGCCCAGCGGUCCUGACUUCCUUCUGGAGGCCAAAGUACGGCAGAGGCGGAAGCAUCGGCACCAGGCGGGCUCCCCUGCCCACGGGCUGAGCCUUAACUUCAGCGGAGUGUGCGCCAUGCAUAAAAGCACCAGCACGGAGGACAGUCUCAAGCAGACACUGCGGCUGAGCCUUCCCAGUGUGGGGCAGCAGAUGGCCCAGCCCCCCGCCGCCGCCCCGACCUCGGCCGGCACUUGGGGGGUGCACUUGGAAUCCCCCGGCACUCCCUCGUCGGAGAACCCCUGGUACUUCAGCACCGACUCGGCAUCAGGCAGCAAGGGGAGCGGGACUCUGUUUGCCAGCGCCACCACCUACUCGUCAUUCAGCUGCAGCACAAUCCAGGCGAGCUGCGAGAUCAGACUGAGGGACAAGCAGCGGGGGGAGCAGCGGGACGUGCGGCACAGCUGGCACGAGGACAGCGCCGCCGAGAAGCAGUUCAAGCGGCGGAGCUGCCAGAUGGAGUUUGAAGAGACCAUGUCAGAGAGCCGGUCUCGAGAAGACCUGGGCAAAAUCAGCAAACAGUCUAGCUUUUCAGGCAGCAUGGAAAUCAUAGAGGUGUCCUGA